UCCAUUGCGAAUUCGAAAAAAAAUCAUAGUUUGAAAAUGGCGCUAUCGCCGUACCAUCUGACACCUUGCAAGAACGGUGCUGUGUGCUGAGGUGACAUCACUGCCAACUUGCAGUGACGUUCGAAAUUGCCCCUCCGCGUGGGGUGCUUUCUGAUUGUGUGAGGCGGGCUGAUCGGGUCGACCGGCUUACCUGAAGCAAAAGUUUAGGCAGUGAAAAACGGUGGUUUGAAAUUCGUGCGUCAAGCGGGCCUGUUUGGUCCGGUUUGAUUUACUUGGCGAAACUAUUUGUUCUGGGGGCUACGAUGACCUCGUCGCAACGGGGCUCAAACAUUGCACCGGUCCCGUUACUGGGCUCCGAAGUGUUUACCGAAAUCCUUCUCCGAGUAGUUCUUAUUGGGGUUGCCAUGGUACUCGAAUUCGUACCUGCGUUUGAGCGAAAGAUACAACCUGAGGAGGCGUGGUUGUAUAAAAAUCCUCGAACCAACAGUUAUAUAUCAGUCCAGUUGCUCUAUGUGUUGAUCUUCGUUGUCCCUUCAUCUGUGGUCGUCUUCGUUAACUAUGUCCAACCCAAGAACAGAUCUGACAUUAGUGCUGCCCAUUUAGGCUUUACGUUAGCCAUUGGGGUGACAUCUGUAAUCACAAACGCCCUAAAAGUGUGUGUGGGUCGACCUAGGCCCGACUUUUUCUAUCGGUGCUUUCCAUCGGGGGAAGGAGACUUCAAUCGGCCAUGCACCGGACCUGUAUCCGUUGUUGGCGAAGGUCGAAAGAGCUUCCCUUCAGGUCAUUCGUCCCUUGCAUUUUCUUCAUACAUGUUUUUAGCACUUUAUCUCCUAGCUAAACUGCAAGCUCUGAAUUCAACAGCCCAUCGCUUCAGAACACAUCGGACGCUUCUUGGAAUAUCUCCACUUCUAUUGGCACUACUGAUAGCCAUUAGCAGAACAUGUGACUACCAUCAUCAUUGGCAAGAUGUUACUGUUGGCGCCAUUUUAGGCUGCACGGUUGGAUACGUUUGCUAUAGGCAGCAAUAUCCAUCGAUAUUUGAACAGGACGCUUCUCUUCCACUAGCAGAAUUUCCUGUCUAUGGACCUGACCUGGCUGUCGAGAACAAUAACUUUGAUGGCCACGGCUUUCCCAGCGGAUUUUCGCUUCAUAAACAAAACGCCAAAUUGAUCUAAAAAGGACAGAAAUACCCGAAAUACGAAGCAGGUUUCUUGCGACGUGCGACGUCAUAUAAAUCUGAAUCGAAUGAGACUUACUUUAAUUUCCUACUGUAUUUAUGAGUGUGCCUAACACUGGAUGUUAGCAGGACGUAGCACUAAAGACGUGUUUCGCUAUGCCUGUCGAAUACCUAAUGUACCUUAAUGUAUUAGUUUAAAUGUUAAAAAUACACUGAAGUAACCUAGGGCGAUUCAGGUCUAAUAUUUAAGAGUAUAAAAUUUAUUGUAUGCGGGUAAAUAACCUCCCGUCAUUUUAAUGUGGAUUUUUGACGAGGCACCAUAUGGAUGAACAUUCAUUUGAAUUUUCCAAUUAUGUAAAAUGUCACUUAUCACAAGUGGCCGCCUGUAGAACUCGAAGAGCUUUAGCAAAAAAUAUUUUAGUGUAUAUUAAAACCUGAUAAACAGCGUCCAUAUUAAGAAAAUUUAAUCAGCUGUCGUGCGUAUGGAUGAGCUAGAUUGAACGUAUGAUAUUUACUACAAUAUUCGUAGAAAUAAAUAGCGGAUACCUUUUUAUUCGCGAUAACCAGA